GAGGAAAGUAUACACUGUCUAUAACAUGAUAUAGAUACGUUGUCUGCAUACCAUUAAACAAUUUUACGUACAUUUAAUUCUUUUCAAUCCGUAUUCAAAUUAAUUCAUGUAUUUACGAUGCGCUAUAAUAAUUCUUGCUCUGGAGAAGAAUGUCCUUUAACAAAAAGUAGAAGUUACAAAUACACGUUAACUAUGUAUUGUGGAGAUGGUUUAAAAUUCAUUAUAAGCUGUUUCACCAUUUUGACAAUUUCUAUUACAACAACAUUAAUUUUACAAAUAUUAUAUGCUGAUGGGAGCCCACAGAAUACUGCUGGUAUACAUGGUGCUGUUGCAACAGAUUAUACAAAUUGUUCACAAAUUGGAACCAAAAUAUUACGAAAAGGCGGUAAUGCAAUAGAUGCAGCUGUAGCAGCUACUAUUUGUAUGACAGUAGUUGCUCCACAUAAGACUGGUCUGGGUGGAGGUGGUUAUAUGAUGUUAUAUAAUCAUAAAGAACAAACAGAACCAAUUAUUAUUGAUUUUGCUAAUAAUACAAUUAAAGACAAUUUUUUACAAGAUGGGAUACGUAUACCAGCAGUAUUAAGAGGAUUAGAAUAUGCACAUACAUUAAAGGGUAAACUACCAUGGAGUGAAAUUGUUAAACCUUCUGUAUCUUUAGCCAAAGAAGGAUUUGUUGUAUCAAAGGAGCUAGCAAGUGAAGUAUCAAAAAAUAUUGAUUAUGAAAUUUUAUAUGGGCACAUUAGUGCAGGAGAUAUACUAAAAUUACACGAUCUUAGCAAUUUGUUAAAUGCUGUAGGACUGGAAGGAACUAAUGUAUUAUACAAUGGAACUUUUUCACAAAAGCUUCUACAUGAUAGAAUUAAACUAUCAAAGCUACUUCCACAGUUAGUAAAUUAUAAACCUGAUGUAUAUAUAGCAAAAAAGUCAAGCUUUUAUAAACAUGUAAUAUAUUAUCCUCCACAUAUGUCAUUACUAAAAUCAAUGAUUGCAGUACUGGAAGAUCUUAACAUAUCUACUGAUAAUGCAUCCAUAGUAGGAGCAGAUAUACAAAUAGCUAAAACAUUAAUAAAUUCAGUAUCAAUGCCAUUACAAUUAAAACAACAUGUUGAAGAAGAAAGAUAUACUGGAGUUGUUGCAAUGGAUUGGGAAGAUACUUAUGUUUGUAUUAUAACUGGACUUGGUGCACCAUUUGGUCUUGGAUAUAUGUCAACUGUUGGCUUCCUGCUAGAUAAAGCUGAUACCAAUAAUACCUUAUCUAUGCUUGUUCCCAUAAUCUUUCAUAAUGAAAAAGCAUUAUGUGGAUUAAGAGGAGUGUUUGGAACUGAUGAUACAUUAAUUAUUGGACAAUUAUUGUACAGUAUUAUAGUGCGUCAAUUAAAUGUUUCUGAAGCUAUUGAAUAUCCAAGGUAUUAUUUUUCAUCAGAUGGAUUUGUGAUAGAAAAUGAUCCAAAACAUUCUAUAGAUACAUUAAUGCGAAAUCAAUUAAACUUAAUAGUACCAGCACCACAUUUAAAGACUGAUUCAGUAUUAAAAAGCGUGAAUGCAAUCAUAAAAAGAAAAGAUCUAAUGUCAAGUCAUUCAGAUAGUCGUGGAGGUGGCCUUGCAUCAAGAUUUUAAUAAUUUAUUCAUCUAUAUUUUUUUUUUAUUAAAUAUAUCUAUAUAUUUUAUAUAUUUAUAUAUAAUAAAGUGAGAUUUUUUAUGA